CAAUUUUUUUUUUGAUCUGAAAAAUCUCCCUAGAGGAAAGAAAAUCAAUUUAUAUUAUCUUUGCCUAUUUGAUUAUCUUCCUCUAGUGGAGAUUUUUCUAUUUUCAUUGAUCCUUUAUCAACAAUCACAAAUUCUUUUUAUCUUAAAUAACUUUUUUUUAUGUUAAUUUUGUGAUUUCUUAGAAAAUAAAUUUAAAUAUUUGAGGUUUAAUUUCUUCAUACCUGAAAAUAAUAAAUUUGGAAUUUGUUUAAUGUAAAUUAUUAGAUAAUUUCUUGUUGGAUGUGCAAUAGGAUGAUAUAAGUGCAAUUAUAUCCAUUUUGUUAGGUAAUUCAUAUAGUACUAUUAGCGAAUUCAGAAAUUUCGUUAAUAAUGUUAUUUUGACCUGUAUAAUUUUUCGACAAAGAAUGUUCAUCUGAUUACACAUUUUUGUAUCACCUAUUAGAGAUAUAAACAAGAUUGUUUUUUUUUGUUGUUAUGUUUGAUGGCUGAUAUUGGCAAGGCAAUGUCUCGAUUCGACGUAGAAGCGUUACAAGAAAUGCUUUGUUUUCAAGAACAACUUAUAGAGAAGUUGUACAAUGAGUUGGAUGAAGAAAGUGAAGCCUCAUCUACUGCAGCAACAGAGGCGUUAUCGAUGAUUUUACGUUUACAAGGUGAAAAGGCUGCAGAGGAAAUGGAAGCAGAACAGUAUAAGAGAUUUGUAGAAGAAAAAAUGAGUCAUGCUGAAGAAUCAUUAUGUGUUUUACAAGAGCUUAUUGAUCAAAAACAGAUGGAGAUAGAUGAAUUGGAUCAUCAGGCACAAGAUUAUCGAUAUAAGCUCGUGAGUAUGGGCUAUGAUGACGAUAUUGAUGAUAGUGAGCUCGAAUAUUUCGAGGAUUUAGAAGGAAAAUUGAUUGUUCAGUCUAUUGGGAGGUGUAAAUCUACUCCGAAUAUCCCAUUGAAAUAUGAUAAUAUGAAAAAGGAUGAUCUUAAAGACGAAAAUAUCAGUCCAAAACGCGAUAUGAAUGAUGUUCCAAUGGUUGGGAGUAUAAGUGUGUACUGUGAGCAGAUCGAAAAGUUGGAGAAAAGAGUGAAACAGAUUGCUGGUGCUAAUAACUACGCGAAAUUGUCUAGUUUACCAGUUUCUAAAAGAAGCUCCUGUAACAAUUUCUUGGAGCAAUUUAAAGAAACGUACCUCGUUCAGCAUCUAGUGAAUAAAUCAGAUAAGGAAGCUGCUGCUAGUCGAUCUGUUUCUCCUCCGAAUGUUCUUGAUGUCUUUGAAGUCCCUCGAGCCAUUAAAGAUGAAGAUUUUGUUGUCCGAAAGGAGGCUGAAAGGCUUGUUAAAGAUGAAACUGAUUGGCAUAAGAAAUAUUUAGUACCUAUGCAGCAUUUGGAUAUUUGUCCUACAACUAGUGCUUUCGAAACAGCAGAGAUUCGUCAUGUCAAUAGGACGGUGUUUGAGAUAGCUGAAGUCGAGAGACAAGGUACGAGGCAAGAACCCGAGAGACAUGAAGAGAUCAUGUUGUUACAUGACAUUAAGGAGCAACCAAAUUUAGCACCUAAGCAGCAUUUUGAAAUUUGUCCAUCAACUAGUGCUUCAGAAACAGAAGAGAUCCGUUGCGUCAAUAGGACCACGUUUAAGAUAGCUGAAGUCGAGAGACAAGCUACGAGGCAAGCACCCGAUAAACACGAAGAGCUAAUGAUGUUACAUGACAUUAAGGAGAAACUAAAUUUAGCACCCUUAAAGCAUUUGAAAGUUUGUCCAAUGACUAGUGAUUCAGAAACAGAAGAGAUUCGUCGUGUCAAUAGGAGCACGUUUAAGAAAACUGAAGUUGAGAGACAAGGUACGAGGCAAGAACCCAACAGACACAAAGAGCUAAUGUUGUUACAUGACAGGAAGGAGCAACUAAAUUUAGUACCUAUAAAGCAUUUGAAAAAUUGUCCAAUGACUAAUGCUUCGGAAACAGCAGAGAUUCGUCAUGUCAAUAAGAAGUUUGAGAUAGCUGAAGUCGAGAGACAUGGUACGAGGCAAGUCGAGAGACAUGAUACGAGGCAAGAACCCGAGAGAAACAAAGAGUUAAUGUUGCUACAUGACAGGAAGGAGCAACUAAAUUUAGUACCUAUAAGGCAUUUGAAUAAUUGUCCAAUGACCAAUGCUUCAGAAACAGCAGAGAUUCAUCGUGUCAAUAAGAAGUUUGAGAUAGCUGAAGUCGAGAGAGAUGGUACAAGGCAAGUCGAGAGACAUGGUACGAGGCAAGAGACAGAGAGACACAAAGAGAUAAUGUUGUUACAUGACAUUAAGGAGCAACUCAAUUUACUACCUAUGCAGAAUGAGGACAAGUUACAUAGAGUAGGUGAAGCUACUUCUCCUACCACUAGUGUUUCAGAAACAGCAGAGAUUCGUCCUGUCAAUAGGACGACGCUUGAGAUAGCUGAACUUGAUAGACAACGUAUGAGGCAAGAAUCCAACAGACACGAACAGCUAACGUUGUUAUAUGAUAUCAAGGAGCAACUUAAUUUGAUGCAAUCCGACAUUAGAACGUGGAAAAAUAUCAAGUCCUCUCCAAGAGAUGAGCCAUCUGUAGUUUCUCUAACAGAAGUGAUGGCUUGCUUUUGGAUGUGAUCCAGCUAUCAAAGUUUUGCUUAUAAUGGCUUUUGAGUUGAGACAAUCAGUGUCUGAGCCAAGAUUUUCAACUAAUAAAGUAGUAAUUACACGAAGAAGCAAGGAGAUUCAACAUAUACUAUAUAUACAUAAAAGAUAAUUUUGUUUUGCAUAUACCACAUUACUUUCAGCUGAACGGGAUUCGGAUAUACCCCCUUGCUCCCUCCUAGCUCCGCCCCUGAGUUUAGUAGUACUUUUGACCUUCUUACGAAAAAUGGUCCCGUUGCACGAUUUAAUUAUAAAAUUGAUCAUUGUUAGUGGCUUGUAAAAGUUUGUAUUUCAAGAAUCUGCAACAAUUGACCAUAUCAACCAAGAAAAGAUCUUUUAUCUUGUUAUCAAGUUUCAAGUUUUGUAUAAUUGAAACUUUUAAUCAACAAUGACUAUACAGAAGUAUGUUUUUGAUAUUAA